GCAGCUACUGGGCUGACCUUAAAGGAGAGUGCUGAGGUACUGCGUCUGGCAGCAAGCGUGAAUGCAGAGCAACCAGUCACAGUUAUGCAGAUGAUCGAAGAUGAGAGUGAAGUGUGUCAUGUAGUAACUUUUUGUGAAGCUCUUGAUGAUAUGCUUGGGGGAGGCAUACCCCUGCGUGCAAUAACAGAAAUAUCAGGGACGCCAGGUAUUGGGAAAACACAGCUCUGCCUGCAAGCGUGUGUGUCUGUACAACUUCCCGAGAGUGUGGGUGGCGUUGGAGGAGAGGCCGUUUUUGUAGAUACUGAAGGUAGUUUUACUGUUGGGAGACUAAAAGAUAUGGCAGGUCAUGCAGUAGAACAUGUUCAGAACAUUGCAGGAGAUGAAAUAGAUGUGUCUUCCUUUACAAUUGAAUCAAUUCUCAAGGGAGUUCAUUACUUCAGAUGUCACAGUUACAUUGAGGUUCUUGCUGUGAUACGUCACCUGCCGGUCUUCCUUCAGUCACACCCAAGACUGAAGCUUUUCAUCAUUGACUCCAUUGCUUUCCAUUUCCGUCAUGACUUCCCGGACAUGAUGGCCCGAACAGGUCUUUUGUGCAGGAUAACACAGCAACUGAUACAGCAGGCUACCAAAUUUAAUAUGGCUGUAAUUGUCACAAACCAAAUGACCACAAGAAUAGAGAGUGGUGGAUCCCAGUUGGUAGCUGCCCUAGGAGAGACUUGGGGUCACUGUCCAACCAUGAGACUGACUCUACAUUGGUCAGGUAGAGUGCGAGUUGCUUCUCUCACAAAGGCCCCACACAGGAAUAAUGCUUCUGUUUAUUAUCAGAUAACGAAAGCUGGCAUUCGUGAUAUAACUCCCUUUAUGACUGAUACAAGUACUCCAUUGAUAAUGGAUUCUCCUGACCGAAAAAAGAGAAAAUUGAAUACUUAAAUGCAAUUUUACCGUAAAGGUCUUACUGCUGUGGUGAAAAGGCCAUAUAUUGUCCUUUUAUGUAUUUUUUAGUCAUAGCUGUUAGAUAUAAUCUGUAGUAUUUUCUAAUGAGCAACAUAGAUAUGUUUUAGCAAAGGAAUUGUUUUUGUUUAUUAAAAAAAAGAAAUAAAACCAUAUAUAUGCCUUUUUUCUCAGUAAA